GCCAUUUUCUGGCGCUGCUGCAAAUUCUGUUCAAGUCCAAAUAAUUUACCUGGAUCCUCGUUGGGAGGAGAGGGGAACCUUUAUGUCUAAACAGAUCUGUCCAGAUGGAUAAAAUGCAGCCCAACCGGAUUAAAAUCACAGAUCUGAACCCACACCUCACAUGCCCACUGUGCGCUGGUUACUUAAUUGAUGCUACAACCAUUGUAGAGUGUCUGCACUCCUUUUGUAAAACCUGCAUCGUUGCCUUCCUGGAGACAAAUAAGUUCUGUCCUCGAUGUGAUGUCCAGGUUCACAAGACGUGUCCACAGCUCAGCAUCAGAGCGGACAAAACUCUACAAGAUAUUGUUUAUAAGCUUGUUCCAGGGUUAUUCAAAGAUGAGAUGAAACGGAGGCGGGACUUCUACGCAGAGAAUCGUGUGCUGGAACCAGGGGAAGUGGUGGAGACGUUUAACAUUGCAGAGGAUGAAAUCAUCAGUCUGUCCAUACAGUUCUAUGAGAGGAACAAAAACAAUGAGAGGCAGCGUUCGGAGAUGGAAGGAGACAAGUCCAAUGGUAAACGCUUCCUGCAGUGCCCAGCAGCCAUGUCCGUCAUGCACUUAGCAAAGUUCCUCCGGAGCAAGAUGGAUAUUCCCAACAACUACCGGGUGGAGGUGUUGUAUGGGGAUGAGCCCUUGAAGGACUACUACACACUAAUGGAUAUUGCCUACUUCUACGAGUGGAGACGAACUGGACCCAUCCCCCUGCAGUAUCUAGUCAAACCCACCCGGAAGCGCAGGAGGCCGUCCCAGUCUGCUGCUCAGGGACACUCUGAUGGCGUCAACACCAGUCCGACGUCAGAGAGCGACUCCCAGAGCGACAAAGUCCACAGUCCUGCUGCAGCCCAGCCGCCCCGAUCCUCCUCGCAGUCCAGCCCUGCCUCCCACACCCCCUCUCCCACCAUCCAAAGCUCCAACGGUACCACUGUGCCCAACAACACUCAGCGACACACUCUCGCCUCCAAACAGGGCGCCAACGCUCGCAAGGUGACUGUCAAUGGCACAAGCUCUGGGGCCGGCAAAGAGGAGGCGAGGGGAGGUGACAAAAGCGGUUUGCCACCGGCGACCUAACGUGUGUACUGCGCAGCAGGGAGGACAGUGUUUGAAUUGCUCCCUUCUUUCUUUCUUCAGAGCAAAAAGACGAGCUUGAGUUCUUCUUCUGGACAAACGGGGGCCAGAUUACUGUUAUCACCUUUCAACAGGAGAGGUGCAGCCAAAUAGACACUUGUAUGUAUGUGCGUGUGUGUGUUUAUGUGUGUUAGACUAGAACGGUGCACACAUACAAACUGUACAGUAUGUAUCAAAUGUGAGCAUGUGUGCAUACAUAUGUAUAAACUUAUCUUUUAUACAAGAUAUUGUAAUCGUUUUGUAUUGUAUAUGCAGUGGGUCUGUUUCAUUUCCAGAGCUCUUUCAACAUUGAUUUGGCUUCCAUACAACGUGAGACAAAAUGCUGGGAGGCAUUGCAGUGCACAUCACUGCGCAAGUUGGAUGUAAAGAAAAAAAAAAAAAAAA